AUGAAAUUGGCUAGUUUUUUGAUCGUUUUGAUCAUCAAUGGAAUAAUAUGGUCACCAGUUAAGACUACUUCAACUCAAAAAGGUUUAGCUGCUGAAAAUAAUUACUCGGCAACUAAAAUUUUAAAUGAUGGGGCUGAAUCGUCGGUCAAUCCUCAAAUUCAAAAAUAUAAAGAAACGUUAAAACCAAAAGUAAAAAUUUCAAAAAAGGACAAGGAUAGAGGGGGAGACAAUGAAUCAAACAAAAGUAAAUAUAAUAAAGAAUAUUACCAAAAAAAUAAAGAAAGGUUUCUUCAACAUAUGCGAAAUUACAAUAAAAAGAAUAAGGAGAAGAAGAAUCAAUUUUCGAAAAUUUACUAUCAGAAAAAUAAAGAAACAGUACAGAAAAGGAAGAGAAUUUAUUACCAAAAUAAUAAAGAAAAAUUGAAAGAAUACCAACAAAAAUAUCAACAAAAAAAGAAAAUCGUUAAAUUAGCUGAUGAUGAAGGAACUUCUUUUGUUAAUCCACAGACUGGUGAUUUUAUUAAUAAAGGUAAAUUACCAAUUGUUUGCGAGGAGAAAAGAAAUCUUUUAAAUCAAGGAGCGGAAGAAUGCAAUAAUGGCGAAGAUGGACAAAAUCAAAUCGAGGUUGAAGAGCCAAAUAAAAUUUUUGAUGAUGCCACAAUAGAUUUAAAUAAGAAAAUUCUUCCUUUUGAUCUGAACGAAGAGGAAGGAAAUCUUUUUAAUCAGCCUGAGGACGAGCAGAAUAAUGGAGAAGUAAAUCAAAUCGAGGUAGAAGAGCCAAAUAAAAUUCCUGGAGAUGAUAUAAAUCAAAUAAAUCUAAAUAAGAAAAUUCUUCCUUUUGAUUUGAACGAGAUGCCUGAGGAUGAAGUAUUGGAAGAUCACUAA